AUGGCCACCAAAGAGUAUCCAUCAUUGUGGGGCUUCGGGACAACAAAAACAUUUAAAAUUCCUGUCGAACAUUUGGAUUUCAAGUAUAUUGAAAAAUGUUCAGAUGUUAAACACUUGGAAAAAAUUCUUUGUGUGCUCAGGUCUGGUGAGGAAGGAUACUAUCCUGAACUUACUGAAUUUUGUGAAAAGCACCUUUCAGGCUUGGCUCCUGGAAGUAGAGCUUUGAGGAAAGAUAAACCUGCGGCAACAGCAUCCAGUUUUACAGCAGAAGAAUGGGAAAAAAUUGACGGUGACAUAAAGAGUUGGGUAUCAGAAAUUAAAAAAGAAGAUGAUAAAAUACACUUUCAUGAAACUGAAACAUUUCCAGCAGUGGAAGAUAAUUUGCCUCCAGUUCGUGGUUCAAACAGCCAUCUUCAUGUUGCCAAGGAAAAGAAUUCUAAAAGUAGACCAGCUAAAAAGAAAAUUCCAAGAGAUUAUGCAGAGUGGGAUAAAUUUGAUGUGGAAAAAGAAUGUGCAAAACUUGAUGAAGAUAAAGAAAGAACUGUAAUAAACAACAAAUCACAUUUGUCUAAAAUAGAGACAAGACUAGAUACAGCAGGUCUGACUGAAAAGGAAAAGGAUCUUCUGGCUACUCGUGAAAAGGAAAAAGGAAAUGAAGCUUUUAAGUCAGGAGAUUAUGAAGAAGCUGUAAAGUACUAUACUCGGAGUUUGUCUGUGCUUCCCACCGUAGCAGCUUACAACAAUCGCGCUCAAGCAGAACUCAAACUGCAGAACUGGAACAGUGCUUUUCAGGACUGUGAAAAGGUCUUGGAGUUAGAACCUGGGAACUUAAAGGCUCUUCUGCGCCGUGCCACCACAUAUAAGCAUCAAAACAAGCUCCAGGAAGCUAUGGAAGACUUGAAUAAAGUACUGGCUGUUGAACCUGAUAAUGAAUUGGCCAAAAAAACCUUGUCAGAGGUUGAAAGAGAUCUGAAAAAUUCUGAACCUGCAUCUAAGACUCAAACCAAGGGGAAAAGGAUGGUUAUUCAGGAAGUAGAAAACUCAGAAGAUGAAGAUGAAAAGGGCAGUGGAAUAAAACAUGAAGAUGGCAAUGGAGAUAAGAAGGCCGCGGAGCCGGCGGGAGCCGGGCGCGCCGCCGAGCCGCGCGCCAUGGGCAACAUCCAGAAGAAGCUGACGCGCAGGAGCGAGGGCGGCAAGCGGCCGGAGAAGGGCACGCCGCGGCGGGGCCGGGCGCCGGGAGCCGGCGCGGACAAGCGGGACCGACCGCGGGCCCCGGCCCCGGCGGGCGGCGCCAAUGGGCAGCCGGGAGGCGGGCGGGGCGCCGGGGAGCCCGCGGCCGGCGCGUCCCCGGGAGCCGACGCGCCCCCGCCCGCGCCCGCCGCCCCGGUGGGCCCCGCCGCCCUGAAGAGCCAGGGCAACGAGCUCUUUCAGAAUGGGCAGUUCUCCGAGGCGGCGCUCAAAUACUCGGCGGCGAUCACGCAGCUGGAGCCCGCAGGAAGUGGAAGUGCAGCCGAUCUAAGUAUCUUAUAUUCAAAUAGAGCAGCAUGUUACCUCAAAGACGGAAACUGCAGUGGCUGUAUUCAGGAUUGUAACAGGGCCCUGGAACUUCAUCCAUUCUCCAUCAAGCCUCUUCUUCGACGUGCAAUGGCCUAUGAAACUGUAGAGCAGUAUCAGAAAGCUUACGUGGAUUAUAAAACAGUGUUGCAAAUAGACUGUGGAAUCCAGAUAGCAAAUGACAGUAUUAACAGGAUAACAAAGAUUUUGAUCGCUCUGGAUGGCCCAAACUGGCGGGAGAAGCUGCCACCCAUUCCUUCUGUGCCCACCUCCGCACAAGUGCGGGCUUGGCGGCCUGCGGCAGAGACGCCCCCAGACCAAGUGGGAGAUUCCUGCCGCCAUCCCCAGCCGGGCACACCAGAUGAAAAAGUAUUUAAAACCCUUAAAGAAGAAGGAAAUCAAUGUGUAAAAGACAAAAACUAUAAAGAUGCCCUUAGUAAAUACAGUGAAUGCUUAAAGAUUAACAACAAGGAAUGUGCCAUUUAUACAAACAGAGCCCUCUGUUGCUUGAAGCUGGGCCAGUUUGAAGAGGCAAAGCAGGACUGUGACCAGGCCCUUCGGAUGGACCACAGGAGUGUGAAAGCUUACUAUAGGCGAGCCCUUGCCCACAAAGGGCUCAAGAAUUAUCAGAAAAGUUUAAAUGAUCUCAAUAAAGUUCUCCUACUAGACCCAAGUAUUGUUGAGGCAAAAAUGGAACUGGAAGAGGUAACCAGAAUCCUUAAUAUUAAGGACAAUACAGCAUCAUUCAACAAAGAAAAGGAGAGAAGGAAAAUUGAGAUUCAAGAGGUGAGUGAAGGCCAUCAGGAAGAGUCUGAGAGGACCUUGAAGGAAGCCCCCACGGACGACGGCCUUGCUUCUGAGAAGAGGGACACCAGUAAUGGGCCACAAGAACUCUAUGAGAAACUGCUGAUCUCCAGGCCUAACAAUGCCUACGAAUUUGGUCAGGUUAUAAAUGCCAUCAGUACGAGGAAAGAUCAAGGAGCCUGUGCACACCUGCUAGCCAUCACUGAACCCAAAGAUUUGCCAGUGUUGUUGAGUAACAAACUUGAAGGGGACACGUUCCUCCUCCUCCUCCAGUCUCUGAAAAGUCAUCUUAUUGAUAAAGAUCCCUCCUUGGUGUAUCAGCAUCUUUUAUAUCUGAGCAAAGCAGAAAGGUUUAAGAUGAUGUUGACACUAAUUAGCAAAGACCAAAAGGAGCAGAUUAAGUGGCUCUUUGAUGACCUCUCAGAUGCACCAAACAAACACUUUACUUUAGAAGAUGUACAGGCCCUCAAAAGGCACUAUGAUGUUUAA